GGAAUAGUAUCUCUUCUUUUUCUCCCAAUGUUGGAGCCACGUUCUGUAUUCUCAUGGAUUGCAAAUCGAGAAAAAGGUGAUUUUAGAAACCGCUGUCGAUUACCGCAAAACUUGAAUUAUGGUUUGUGGAAAUUUUCAAUUCAAAGUCAUCUUUCCAAUGUUCACAAUGGAAAUAUGCAGAAAGGCGGAGUGUUUGGACUAAAAUACUGUCCAAAUGGGCAGUUGCUGGUUGCAGCAUGUGAGCACAAUAGUGUUGUUUUGAUAGAUCCGAUGACUAAUAAGGUUCUGCAACACAAACAGGAUGCUCAUCGUGAUUGCGUCAACAAUAUUUUAUUCAUGGACGAGAAAAUGUUUGCUUCUUGCUCUGAUGAUCACACCAUUGCAGUUUGGGAUCUUCGCAAUUUCAAAAAGGAAGUUUUUCGGUUAAGAGGUCAUACUUCAUGGGUUAAAAAUAUUGAAUUCCAUCAACCAUCUAAACAACUUGUUUCCUCAGGAUUCGAUGACACAAUACGAGUAUGGGACAUUAAUAAUGUGAAGGAUGAUGAAAAUGUUGAAACUAGAGUAUUGUUAACUGUUGGAGGUUUAUUGAGAAUAAGAUUAUCUCCUGCUGGUGACAACCUUUACUUGUCAAGUUCAACAUUUCGUGAAGUUAUCGGAAUUAAUAAUUUAGAUUUAUCGUCUAUAGAAGAUGAUAUCGGUUUCAUAAGAGCUGAAAAUGAUUUUCUGGGUUUAAUCACAAAGAAGAGAACAAUUCCUUCAUUCAAUCAUUUGACACAGACGAAGCCUGUCACAAGACGCAAUCAAAUUGAUCGCUAUAGAGGAUGUGGAUCUCCUGUUUUAGAUAUGUACGGUGAUGAUAUUGUUGGUCACUCCAUCGAUGUUCAUCCGAAUAACUCAGCAAUACUUUUACAUUGCAUUGGUGCCUUCGACAAGGUGACGGUUGUCCACAACACGAAAAGGUUUUAUGAUUUCAAUAUAGAUGAGAACACAACUGAUGCAACUCCCAAUUUGCCUUUAAUAAGAGGUUCUCCAACUCACCUGCUGCCUUUUGAAUUCAACAGUGAAUGUGAAUAUUUGGAGGAAGUUAGUUUUUCAUCAUGUGGCCGACUUAUAGCAUCACCCAUAGGAUUUGGUGUGACAAUCGCAACUUUCGAUGAACAUUUUAAUGAUUAUGAAACUCACAUGGCACAAGAAAUACAAAGGGCUAAUAUGAAAUUGAAUGAAAAAUCAAAAACUGUUGGAGGGUCGAAAGACAGAAAAAGACAAAUAACAGACUCUGAUUUGGGUUACUUGAAGAUUGAACCUCGUCUUUUUCAUGAAGUUAAAACUUGUUUUGGUCACAAAAGUCCUGUUCUUUCUACAUCUUUCUCACCUGUCCACAUGCAGCUCGCGUCUGGCUCAGAAGAUGGUACUGUUUUAUUUCAUAAUCCUGUCUUAUGAAAUACAUGAAAUAACAGAUUUAGGAAAUUCCAUAUAAUUCUAAUUUUACAUUAUAUUUCUCUUGUUACUGCCCUGGCUUUUGUUCCUUGUAAUCAUUAUCCUCAUCAAUCACAGUGAUAUUUUAAAAAACUUUUCUCAUGAUUUGUCACAAAUUCGCCAGUGUUUUUUAUUUGACCAAUUCACAAUUGUAAUUGCAAGUUUCACAAUGAUUUAUACUGGAUAGUUUGGUGAUAAUGUAUGUUCCAGAAUCCUAA